AUGCUCAGGAGUCAGCUUUGUUCGACGAACAAAAGCAGACGACAACUCACUGCGUUCUUUCUUACUAGGCUUCUUUUUCUUUUCAACAAUAGCCCAUUUAUUAUCCCACUGGCUUUCGUACUCACUUGUGAGAGAAUCAUUUUCACCGUCUUUCUUGUCUGUUCUUUGUUGUUCAAGUUAUCAACAAUAAAUCUCUUCCUCUUUCUUCAUCAUCUUCCCUCUUCUUUCCUUUUCUUUCUUCCUCUCUUCUCUCCCCCAUCUUCUCUUCCUAUUUCCUCUUGUUUUCUUGCUCUUUCCUCUUCUUCUUUCUUCCUCGUCUUCUUGUUCUUUUCCUCAUUCGUCUUCUUGUUCUUUCCUCUUCUUUCUUCCUCUCUUCUCUCCCCCAUCUUCUCUUCCUCUUUCCUCUUGUUUUCUUCCUCUUUCCUUUUCUUCUUUCUUCCUCAUCUUCUUGUUCUUUUCCUCUUUCGUCGUCGUGUUGUUCUUUCCUUUUCUUUCUUCCUCUCUUCUCUCCCCCGUCUUCUCUUCCUCUUUCCUCUUGUUUUCUUGCUCUUUCCUCUUCUUCUUUCUUCCUCGCCUUCUUGUUCUUUUCCUCUUUCGUCUUCUUCUUGUUCUUUCCUCUUCUUUCUUCCUCUCUUCUCUCCCCCAUUUUCUCUUCCUCUUUCGUCUUCUUGUUCUUUCCUCUUCUUUCUUCCUCUCUUCUCUCCCCCAUUUUCUCUUCCUCUUUCCUCUUCUUGUUUUCUUCUUCUUUCCUUUUCUUCUUUCCUCCUCAUCUUCUUGUUCUUGUUCUUUUCCUCUUUCGUCUUCUUCUUAUUCCUCGCUAGUUUUUCUUUCGGAACGCCUUAUCCGCUCCUCUCUCUCCAUCUUUACUUUCCCUCUCUGCCCUCAUAUUCUCUCUCUCUCUCUCUCUCUCUCUCUCACUACUUUCAUAUUUUUCUUUCUCUCUCUCUCACUCUGCCUUCGUAUUUUUUCAUUCUCUCUCUGCCUUCAUAUUCUCUCUCUCUCUGCUUUCAUCUUUUUCUCUCUCUCUCUCUCUCUCUCUCUGUCCUCCUUUUUCUCUCUCUCUCUGCCCUCAUCUUUUUUUUUUUUCUGUCAUCUUUUAUCUAUCUAGAUCUCUCUCUCUCUCUCUACUUUCAUAUUUUUCUUUCUCUCUCUCUCACUCUGCCUCCGUAUUUUUUCAUUCUCUCUCUGCCUUCAUAUUCUCUCUCUCUCUCUGCUUUCAUCUUUUUUCUUUCUCUCUCUCUCUCUCUCUCUCUGACUUUUUUCUUUGUCUUUCUCUGCCUCCAUCUUUCUCUCUCUCUCUGUCCUCAUCUUUUUCUUCUCUCUCUAUCUCUCCCUCUCUCUCUGCCCUCAUCAUCUCUUUCUCUCUCUCUCUCUGCUUUCACCUUACCUUUGACUGUGCAUGCUUCUUGUCCCCUUUUUUUCGUUGGUCUCUCUCUUUCUCUCUCUCUCUCUCUUUCUCUCUCUCUUCCUCUACACACAACUUUCCGUACCUUUCAGGCUCUAUACAUGUUUCUCUUUAUCUACCUUUCUCUCCACAUCCUGUCCCCUUCCCUACAGUUGCUUGUAUUUCUGUUUUCUUCCUGUCUGAAACAGCUUCUACACUCUCCUUCCUCUAUUCAUCUCUCUUUCCCUUCCUUCUCCAUAUACAUUUUAUCCCUAUUCUUUAUGCGUCUCCCUUUUGCAUUUCUCUCCUCAGCAUGCCGUGUCAUAAUGGAGCCUAUGAAAUAUUCAAGUCAUGUCUACACGAGGUCAUUAUAUUGUAUAAUGAGUUCGAGGUCUUGA